ACUAAUUUAUAACAAUUUCCAUAAUUUCAUCCAUGGAAACUAAGAGAAAUAGUCCUAGUAUCCUACUAUUUCCAUGGCUAGGUUUUGGUCAUGUAAACCCCUUUUUGGAACUAGCCAAGAAAUUAUCAAAAAUGAACUUCCACAUAUAUUUUCUUUCUACACCUAUUAUUCUCAAAUCUAUCAAGAAAACCCUAGAUAGAAUCUCUAAUAAUAAUUUCUCAAUACAACUUGUUGAAUUUCACUUGCCUUCUUUGCCUAAGUUACCUCCUCAUUACCAUACAACUAAUGACCUCCCUUCCCAUCUCAAUUCCACUCUCAUUCAAGCCUUUCAAAUGGCUUCUUCCAAAUUUCCAAGCAUAAUUGAAACUCUAAAACCUAACUUGAUUAUCUAUGAUGGGUUCCAACCAUGGGUAGGAAAUAUUGCUUCAUCAUGUAAUAUUAAUGCUAUUAUGUUUUAUGUUUCUUCAGCUUCUACUCUUGCCUACAUCUACCACCAUUUUCUUUAUGGAACACCAAGCCUUACACCUUUUCCCUUUUCUUCCUUGUACCUUCAUGACUAUGAGAUAAAGAAAUUAGACAUACAACCGAUAAAACCACGUGAUGAGAGAGCCUUUGCGUACGUGAUCCUUAAAUCGUUUGAGCAAUCUCACAAAAUUGUUUUGUUGAACACUUGUAGGGAGAUUGAGGGGAAGUAUAUAGAUUAUGUUUCUACCAUAUCAAAGAAGGAAUUGAUGCCAAUUGGUCCACUUAUUAGCGAGGUAUCCAUAGGUGAGGAGGAGCAUUGGGUGGCAAUUCAAUCAUGGUUAGACAAAAAGGAUCAAUUUUCAUGUGUUUAUGUGUCAUUUGGAAGUGAAAGUUUCUUCUCAAAGCAAGAAAUUGAAGAGAUAGCCAAAGGGCUUGACCUAAGCAAAGUUAGCUUUAUUUGGACAAUCAAAUUUCCAAAGGGGAUAAACACUAAAAUAGAAGAAAUGGUUCCACAAGGUUUUCUUGAAAGUACAAAGGGAAAAGGGAUGGUUAUUGAAGGAUGGGCACCACAAAGUCAAAUUUUGAACCAUUCAAGUAUUGGAGGUUUUGUAACUCAUUGUGGAUGGAAUUCGAUGUUAGAAAGCAUGAGUUUUGGAGUACCAAUAAUAGCCAUGCCUAUGAAUCAUGAUCAACCAUUGAAUUCAAGAAUAGUGGAAGAACUUGGCAUAGGGGUGGAUAUUUUGAGAGGUGAAAAUGGGGAAAUAAAGAGAGAAGAGGUGGCAAAAGGAAUAAGGAAGGUGGUGGAGGAGAACACUAGGAAAGAAGUAAAUUUGAAAGCAAGAGAAUUGAGUGAGAAGAUAAAAUUGAAAGGGGAGAAAGCUAUUGUUGAAGGUAUUAAGAAGAUGUUGAAGCUUUUGUAUUAGUUUGUAAGGGAAUGAUGUGGUUGAAUUAGGACAUUAUAGGGAUUUGGAUCAUAGAGAUCCAAAUAUGUUAUUUGUAUUGAAUGUUGUAAUAUCUAGAGAUAGGCUUCUUAUAAUUUCUCUCUGAGUUCAAACUUUAGUUGAACGCUUGAACUUUCUUCCUUGCAAUUGUGUAAUUAGAAAGGAUUAUACCUAUUAAUGAAAUAUACCGAGAAAUGCAUAUAAAGCUUAAAUUAAUU